AUGCCCGCCUACAACUCAAUCUUCAACGACGAAGCCUCGCCCACCCUAAUCGGCAACUUCCCGCUCCUCCCCCUCCGCACCCGCACCCGCGGUCCAGCCUACACGCUCCCCCUCGACGCCUCCCUCUCGCCCGCCCAAUCUCCCGAGCCCGACUCCGAGAGCUACGAUAUCCUCGAUGAAGUGCUCUCUCUCUUUCGCGCCAAUACCUUUUUCCGGAACUUCGAGAUCCAGGGGCCGGCGGAUCGGUUGCUCAUUUAUGGGAUCCUGUGGGUGAGUGAGUGUUUGGGGAAGGUGCGGCCGGGGUUUAGUUCACGGUAUGUUAUAACGCGUCUCCUCUUUAUAUGGGGGGAAGUUGGACGGUACAUUGAUAGUAUGGAUAGGGAAGCACAAAAAGAAGUCCAGAAUAUAGCACUCGACACGAAUUUCAGUAUCCCAGGAGACCCAGGAUUUCCACUUAAUCAGAUGUUUCAGGCACCGGGGUCGCGACAGGAGGCUGAGACGUUGAAGCAGUAUCUGGCGCAGGUGCGACAGGAGUUGGCGAGUCGGUUGUUGGCGAAGAUUUAUGAGGAUGGGAGUGAUAGGCCGAGUAAGUGGUGGUUGAGCUUUACGAAGAGGAAGUUUAUGGGGAAGAGUUUGUAG